CUGAUGAUCCUCUGCUGAUCCAACUUGGAGACUCUCAUCUUGCGAUACUGUCGCCCGAGACGUCCUUUCUAUACACAUUGUCAAUAUGAGCGAAAAAAUGGCUUUUGCGCACAGUGUGCCACCGUCUGUCACAUGGAGGGAUGCUCGAGGCAGUCGAAGGGUAUGGUUGACUGCCCUGGCAGCUCUUCUGGUUCUGGGGACCCUAUAUUCAUUCUCCAGCCAUCCGAUUCCCUCUAUGCACGCUUCGGACGCCCUUCUGGACACCGUGAUGAACGAGACCCUUGGAUUCCAAAAGAUAUUCGUCAUCAACAUGCAUACGCAAAGAGAUCGCCAGGACCGGAUGCUACUGGCUGCGAAACUGUCGGGGAUCAAGGUGGAAUUCAUCGAUGCAGUCACCACAGAUCAAGUGGACGAGAACUUUCGUAAUAUUGUUCCACCUGCGGACAAGGGCUUUGAUGCCAAAAAGCUAAAGGACAAAGCAUACGCGAGUUGGCGGUCGCAUGUGAAUGCUAUCAAAGCAAUCGUGGAGCAAGACUUGGGCUCAGCUUUGAUCUUGGAGGACGAUGCCGACUGGGACGUGCGCUUGAAGACUCAGUUACGGGACUGGGCUAUUGCGACGCGGCAGCUGGUGCAGCCUCGCAUGGGAACUACGGACCAGUAUCUGGAUCCCACCUACUCCAGAGCGAACUACACCAAGUACAAUGAGCCCAUUCAGAAAGGAUUGAACUACACAGAAUGGGACAUCCAGAGUCCUCCUGGCCAGAUUGUACCGCCGACCGACUGCGCCUAUGGCGAUCUGAGUCGCUGGGAUGUGCUCUGGGCGGGACAUUGCGGUCAGCGGCUUGCCAUGCCCGGUUCUGAAUGUCUCAAGACCCCUCUCGGUCGAGUCGCCAUGUUCGACGACGAAACAGCGGUAUCAACGCAACACUUUGCCAAUUACUGGUCCGGCAGCGACUACAAGAACACGUACAAGAACCAUACCCGCCUCACGUCUUGGUCUUGCGCCCAGGUGUGUAAUACCGCCUACGCCAUUUCCAACCAAGGUGCCAAGAGGCUCUUCUACGACUAUUCCAUGAAGAGAUUCGAUGGUAUGGCGGAUGCCAUGCUGCGGCAAAUCUGCGAUGGCACUCAUACGUUUGAUUUGAGGACGUGCUUGAGCGUCACUCCGCCACUGUUUAAUCAGUACGCCAGAAAGGGUUCUUACUUCGACAUUACCCCCAACAUUCGAUGGAGCACGUUGAAGAAUAUCCCUCAACUCACAGAAGGAUCGACGAAUUUCAUUGAGUCGUGGCCUGAUAAUUCGACCAAGCGCGGUCAUUGAGUAGGCUCUCCUCAUAUAGAUACCUAUAUAUGUAUUGACUUAUUAGCGGGAUACAUUUCCAGAUCAC